AUGGCCAAUCCAACCCAUCGCCACAUCGAACUCCUGUCCAUCUGUCUCAUCAUCUUGCUGGCCGCUUCCACUCUCUUGGCGCUCGAUCCUUACAAAACCCUAGGCGUCUCUCGCACGGCUGAGUUGGUCGAAAUCAGACGGGCUUACCGGAGGCUAAGUAAAAAAUGGCAUCCAGAUAAAAAUAAGGAUAAAGAUGCCCACGAAAAAUUCUUAAAGAUUUCAGAAUCGUGGGAAAUUCUAUCAGAUCCGGAAACGCGAGAGAUAUUCGACAAGAGAGGGGAGGAGGGGUUGAAGAGACAUAGAGAGGGGGGCGAUCAAUCAGAUGGAUUCGACUUCUUUAGUCAAUUCUUCGGCGGUGGUGGUGGCGGCGGCGGUGGACGAAGCUCUAACUCCAAGAAGAAGAAUGUUAAGAAGAAAGGACAAACGAUGGUCACUGAUAUGGAAGUCGAAUUGGAAGACAUUUACAUUGGGCGGUCGAUCGAGUUCGAAAUCAACCGUCGGGUCCUAUGUCCAGCCUGCAAAGGGGACGGCGCACGAAAGCCAACAGAUAUAAAAGAUUGUGAGACGUGUCAAGGUCAAGGAGUGCGGAUCAUCAGACACCAACUGGGGCCGGGGAUUUUCCAACAGAUGCAGAUGCAAUGUGAUGCAUGUGGAGGCCGUGGCCAGUCGAUCACGCACAAAUGUCCCCACUGCCAUGGAGAUCGCGUGAUCGAGGAGGUCAACUCGCUCACCCUGGAUAUCGACCGGGGCUCGCCGGACGGCCAUGAAGAAGUCUUCGAGGGCGAAGGCGACGAAGGCCCUGGUUAUUCCGCCGGCGAUGUCGUCCUCAGAAUCCGGAUCAAAAAACAGGCCGAUGGGGGUUUCCGACGUCUGGAAGAGAACCUGUAUUGGAAAGAAGUCCUGAGCUUAGACGAGGCUCUGUUAGGCUUCACGAGGAAAAUCAAACAUUUAGAUGGCCAUGACUUGACUGUCAGUCGACAAGCAGUAACUCAACCAGGAUUUGUGGAAGUGAUAGAAGGCGAAGGAAUGCCUCGACAUCAAGCCUUAGGAUACGGCAACCUCUUCAUAGAAUUUUCCGUCGUGUUGCCUCUGCAAGUGUCCGGUCCAUUUAGAGCCGGUCUUGAAAAGUUAUUUGAACCCUAUAGAACAAUCGAUCCUCGGAAUGAUGGCAAGAGUGAAUCACCCAAUGAUGAAAACCAUCAGGAACUGUAG